AUGGCUGCGAGGCUAUCUCUAGCUGCGCGCAGUAGCCGGCUUCUACGAUCACCAUCCCGUCCGUUUAGUCGAGUUCCCACUGCCACAUCAUUGCGCUCAUCGGUCAUCCCUAAAAGCCAAACUCUGCUCGCGCCAGCUGCUUGCACCGCCGCAGGCUCGGUGCGCCACUACGCCAAUGGUCGCCCUCAUCCGCCGGGCGGCACUCACCGCAUGGACAUGAGUGGUGGACAAGAGAAGCCAGCCCUAGAACAAUAUGGAGUGGACUUGACAGAAAAAGCGAAGGCCGGAAAGUUGGACCCUGUCAUUGGAAGAGAUGCCGAGAUCCACCGCACGAUCCAAGUUCUGUCGCGGAGAACAAAGAACAAUCCCGUCUUAAUCGGCGCAGCUGGUACGGGUAAAACUGCCGUUCUUGAAGGUCUCGCGCAGCGGAUUGUGCAAGGCGAUGUCCCGGAGAGUAUUAAGAACAAACGGGUGGUUUCUUUGGACCUGGGUUCGCUGAUUGCGGGUGCGAAGUUUCGGGGUGAUUUUGAGGAGCGUUUGAAAGCAGUGUUGAAAGAGGUCGAAAAUGCCGAAGGGAAAGUCAUCCUUUUCAUCGACGAGCUCCACACACUGCUGGGGCUUGGUAAAGCAGAGGGCAGUAUCGACGCAAGCAAUCUGCUGAAGCCGGCAUUGUCCCGAGGUGAGCUUCAGUGCUGUGGAGCUACCACCCUGAACGAAUAUCGCCUUAUUGAGAAGGAUGUUGCUCUUGCACGACGAUUCCAACCAAUCCUAGUUGGUGAACCCUCUGUUGCAUCCACAAUCUCCAUCCUGCGUGGUAUCAAAAACAAGUAUGAAGUGCAUCACGGAGUCCGAAUUACGGAUGGAGCCCUAGUUGCCGCAGCUACGUAUAGUAACCGAUACAUCACCGAUCGAUUCCUUCCUGACAAGGCCAUUGACCUGGUUGAUGAAGCUGCUUCCGCACUACGUUUGCAGCAAGAGUCGAAACCCGAUUCUAUCCGCGAAUUGGAACGCGAGAUUACCACAAUUCAAAUUGAGCUCGAAUCAUUACGCAAGGAGACGGAUGUGAGCAGUCGAGAGCGACGCGCAAAACUUGAGGAAGAUCUCAAGGCCAAACAAGACGAAGCGAAACAACUCACUGAAGUCUGGGAGACUGAAAAGGCGGAGAUCGAUGGGAUCAAGCGCACGAAAGAAGAGUUGGAGCAGGCUCGCUUUGAAUUGGAGCAAGCGCAGCGCGAAGGUAACUUCGCUAGGGCCGGAGAACUCCGCUACUCCAAAAUCCCUGAUCUUGAAGCAAAGCUGCCAAAGGAAGGCAGUGAGCAAGAAAAAGGGAAGCCAACUCUUAUCCAUGACUCGGUGACUGCCGACGACAUCGGAAACGUUGUAUCUCGGACUACUGGCAUCCCUGUCAACAAACUGAUGGCGGGAGAGGUCGAGAAGCUGAUUCACAUGGAGGAUACUCUUCGCAAGUCAGUCCGUGGACAGGAUGAGGCUUUGUCUGCUGUGGCCAAUGCCGUUCGCAUGCAGAGGGCCGGGCUGAGCGGUGAAAACCGCCCAUUGGCCUCUUUCAUGUUCCUUGGGCCUACUGGCGUGGGCAAGACAGAGCUGUGCAAGAAGAUGGCCGAGUUUCUUUUCUCUACCGAGUCAGCCGUUGUGCGAUUUGAUAUGAGUGAAUUCCAAGAGAAGCAUACCAUCAGCCGUCUUAUUGGUUCGCCCGCUGGUUACGUUGGCUAUGAUGAUGCUGGCCAGCUGACUGAGGCCGUGAGACGCAAACCUUAUGCUGUGCUGUUGUUCGACGAGUUUGAGAAAGCUCAUCGGGAUAUCUCUGCUUUGUUGCUCCAGGUUCUUGACGAGGGAUUCCUCACCGAUGCUCAAGGACACAAAGUAGACUUCCGCAAUACACUAAUUGUUCUCACUUCAAACCUGGGAGCUGAUAUCUUGACUGGCAUUGACCCCCUUCACACCUUCGAAGAGACCGGCGAAGCCGAACUGCCUGCGGAUGCCAAGGCAGCAGUCAUGGAUGUUGUCCAGCAUGCUUAUCCACCCGAGUUCUUGAAUCGUAUUGAUGAGUUCAUUAUGUUCAAGCGUCUCUCGAAGGAGGCCUUGCGCGAUAUUGUUGAUAUUCGAAUCAAGGAGCUUCAGGGCAGACUUGACAGCCGUCGCAUGACCCUUCAGGUCGAUGAGGAGAUCAAGGACUGGCUAUGUGAAAAAGGAUAUGAUCCCAAGUUUGGUGCUCGCCCUCUCAACCGCCUGAUUGCGAAAGAGAUUGGCAACCGCUUAGCUGACAAAAUCAUUCGCGGCGAAAUUGUCUCUGGCCAAACCGCGAGGGUCUCGCUAAGUGAUGAUAAAUCUACUCUUUUGAUAUCAGCCGAAGGAGGGGAAGAGGAACAAGCAUGA